ACGAUCCCUAUCAUCAAUAUGUCAAUAUGUUAUUUAUGUAUAUUAUCGUAAUUACAGUAUGUCUAUUUAGAUUGAUUGUGUUUGUUAGGAUUGAUUGCUUUCCUUAUCUCCUUUGUAACCUCUUGUAUAUAAGGGUUGUAUUGUGCAUAAUAAUAUUCACGGAUUCACAUCCUUUCAUGGUAUCACAGACCUAACAAAAACCCUAGCCACCCUAUUCACUCUUUUCCCUUUUGUUCUUGGUUGUUACGAUGACCAACAACAAAGAAGACAAUUCCGUCGCUAAGGCCGCAAACCUCCAUCCAGUGUACACCGUUACCAACAUUCAACAUAAGGUACGUGUCUUGGAUGGCAAAAACGUCUCCUACUCUUCGUGGGUUAAGUUGUUUCAACUUCAUGCCCGAGGUUAUGAGGUACUAGACCACAUUGACGGCACCGAAGCGCCCGCUAAAGCCGAUCCGAAUUACGAUUCGUGGCUGAAAAUUGAUUCCAUUGUCUUACAAUGGAUAUACGGGACGCUUUCGGAUGACCUCCUUGUUCGGGUACUAGAAACAGAAUCCACGGCACUAGAGGCGUGGAACCGCAUCAAGAAGAUCUUCUUGAAUAACAAGGGGGCUAGAGCCGCCACCCUUGAACAAGAAUUUACCAACCUUCAUCUCAGAUCCAUGCCGUCCUUGGAGGCUUAUUGUCAACGCCUCAAGGAGCUUUCCGACCAACUGGCGGAUGUCGACAGUCCCAUGACCGAACAACGACUAGUACUUCAACUAGUCCGUGGUUUACCCAUUGAAUACGACACCGUCGGUUCUUACAUAAACCAAAGCCUACCAUCAUGGGACACUGCUUGUUCCAUGCUUCAACUCGAACACCACCGCCAACAUGCGCGAGAAAAUCCUCCGACCCCUCCUGCACCUGUUGUUGCUGCCGUUGAUACGCCACCAAACAACCCGAACCGCCGAACCUCCAACUAUCGGGGAGGUGGCCGGGGAAAUCGGCGUAAUGGACCCGACACUCGCACUGAUCAAAGGAGACCCACUGGUGUUCAGCAACAAAAUGCAGCCCCCUGGCCUACUCGACAACACAACAGCCCUGCGAAUCAGAACUGGAAUAGUACUUCAGGCCCUUGGCAUAAUUCAGGCCCACAAGGUUUUUGGCCCAACUGGUGGCAGAUGCCACCACCGCCUUGCCCCUACCCAUCACAGCCGGGUUGGGCUACUUCUGCUCCCCCGAAUUCAGGCCCAAGUAGUGGCAGGUCCAGUAGCAAUCCGGCUCAGCAGUCCCGUUCGGUAGGUCAGGCUCAUCUCACUGAUCUUGAUGGCCUUGACCCAAAUGAUAUCGGCACCGCUUUCUCGGCUCUGACCACAGACGGUAUGGAUGAUCCAUGGAUCAUGGAUACAGGAGCAACGUCACACGUCACUGGAGACGAAGGAUUACACGGAUGGGAAGAUUUUAACGAGACAGGAUAGUGACGGCCCUCUCUAUCCUUUCAGCAACAUUGCUUCAGUUUUUGCUAUUUCUCAAGAACAAGAUUUCUGGCAUGAUCGGCUAGGACAUCCUGGACUACCCGUUUUUGAUUUUUUGUCUUCGAAUAAAUUAAUUCCAUGUAAUAAACGUAGUCGUACUUCGGUUUGCAGUUCUUGUCAAAUCUCGAAGCAUAAACGACUACCAUUUGCUACUUCUUUAAGUAAUUCCGUUUUACCUUUUGAUAUUAUCCAUUGCGAUUUAUGGACU